CUGGAAACGAGCCAGUGCCGCUGCGUCGUUUGAGACGCGCCUUUCCGCAGAAUGACGACGGCCAAGAUGCCAGGGACUCAUCUAUGAGUGGCCAACAAGAUACCAGUUACCACUCCCUGGGACCUGCAUUCCCGCAAACCCACCUACCACAGGGUGAGCGGAGCAAGGGCGGAGUUUCGCCCGAAACCCAAAGAGACGCGCUGCUUUCCUCGAAUGGGUUGGAUGCGAUCGAUAUUCGCGGUCUGGAAAUACCGACAACUCUACAUGAUUCACCCUCACCGAACCUGGCUGCCAUAUUCUCGCACGCCGAGAAGCCUCCGUCAUUUGCCCCAUCGGUCGAGUCGCCGAUUCGCGUGACAUUAGGUCUCACAGGCAGCACAGGUGAUGGUGGCCGGAGGAACAGUGAAGAUCGCUCAAUAGCACUCCUCGUACAGGAGCAGAUCGAGUUGAGUGCGGCGGAAGUAACCAUUUUCCGGAAUUACGUUGAACGAGUUUCCAGAUGGAUCGAUUCAUUCUCCCGCGACCAGCCAUUCUAUAGAAAAGUGCCAAUCAUGGCGCUUCGGUGUCCUGUCCUCAUGAACUCAUGUCUUGCGCUGUCAAUGAAACAGUCAACUCUGAAGGCAUCAGGAGACGAGCAACGUAUUCGCGAGAAUGCUGCCAUUCACUACCACCAGAAAGCUAUCAAGGCGCUGAGUACGUUACUGGCGGAUACUGAAUGUGCCUCGAGAGAUGAGAUUUUGGCCUCGAGCAUUAUCCUUUCGACGUAUGAAAUGUUCGAUGUCGUGGGCGAGAGCUUCGGGUCUCAUUUAGGAGGCGUCGCGUUUUUCUUACAGUCUCGUCGGGUUUACGGCAAUCAAUGCGGACUUCAGGGAGCUGUGUACUGGACGUGGUACAGACACGAAAUCUGGGCGGCUCUCCAAACUGGCCGACAGAUGCUUCUCGACGAAGCAUAUUGGCAGCCCCCACUUAUUAAGACAUUCGAAGGCGUCUGCGUUGAGGACAUAGCAAAUCGCGUGAUUUUCAUAUUUGGACAAUGCGUAUCCUUCUGCAAUUCAGGUGAUACAGGCGAGGCUAGUGCCGAUGAAAAGAUCGCAGCUCGGCAACGUAGAGUCACCACCUUGGAUGCUGCCCUGGAGGAUUGGAAAAGAAAGCUUCCAUCUUCCAUGUCCCACUUCUUCGCGGAACCGACAGCAUCCCAACAGGAGAAUGCGUCUCAUCAGUUUCCUUUUUUGUGGUUUAUGUAUCCACAGAGCGCCAUCGCCUAUCAGGUUUACCACGCCUCGAAGAUCUUGUUAAACUUACAUCGACCACCAAUACCAGCCGAGAGUCGAGGCUUAGGCCACACGCAGUCGCUCUGGACCCGUCGCCAAAUCGAACGAUCUCGCGAGCAGAUAUUCCUGGUUUCAAACGCGGGCGUUCCCGACACCUGGAGCCUGGUCUCCACACAGUGUCUUUACAUUGCGGGACUUGUAACCGAGGGGGUGUUGGAAAGACAACGUACACUAGAACUGAUUGAAGACUGCCAGAAGAGUUCCGGUCGACGGACCAUGUGUCUUGCGGACGAGCUGCGAACACUGUGGGCUCAAUGAGUCGCGGACCCUGAGGAUAAACUUUGCGCAUCUCCUUUUAUCGUCCAUGAUUACGGUGGGGAUGUGGGACAACUCGGCGAAUUGCCGUUGAAAGCGAGAUUGUCUCCGGCUCGAC